GCACGUUGAGAUCUCGCAUUCAAUUUCCUUUGCGCCGUGGUCGACUUUGCCUUUCAGUCGUGUCAAAUUCCUUGUUAAGUUAAUCAUGAGUGAUAUAAAGACGGGAACGGGUAAGGUGAAGUUUUUUAACGAUCAAAAAGGAUAUGGCUUUAUUAAAUUAGAUGGAGGCGAUCCUGAAAAUGAAACUGAAAUUUUCGUUCAUCAAUCGAAAAUACAGAUGGAAGGGCACAGGACCCUGUUCGAGGAGCAACCUGUCGAUGUGACUUAUUUUAAAGAAGAGAAAGGCUGGAAAGCGGAAACUGUUGUGCCAGAUACGGAUUGGGCGGAAAAGAAUGGAAAAAAUAAUCGGGGAAAUAGAGAACGUGGUGGUUACAGAGGUCGAGAUGAUGAUGGUUAUGGGCGUGGUGGUGGUGGCGGCGGUUAUGACAGAGGUUAUGGCAACAGAUCAUAUGGCGGUGGCGGAGGAUAUGGAGGCGGCGGUGGAAGCUAUGGUGGUGGGGGAGGAUAUCAAGGAGGAGGGGGAUAUGGAGGCAGCGGUGGUGGUUAUCGUGGAGGCGGUGGAUACGGUGGAGGUGGAGGCGGUGGAUACAACCAGUACGGGGGUGACGGAUACAGAUAGAGAAAUUAGCUCUCAGGUUAAAGUUGUCUUAUUUGAUGUUUUAAUCAGUUGCCGGCGAGUAGGCAGAGCCUUACCGACUUUGUCAUGCUUAUUGCCAGGUUGUCAUUAGCAACAAAAUCAUCAAAUUUUAUGACUUUGACAGAGCUUUAGGAUUUGACUUUCAUGUAGAGUUUUGUAAUUAUUAUCAAUCACGGCUUUUGUUUUUUUAUAAUCAGUGGAUUUUCAUACUUAGAACUAAAAAGCUGCCAAAGCACAGGCAGGCUGUCAAUCAGGCCUUUCAGUGUCUUGUUAAAGGUUUUUCAGCUAUUUUGCCUCAGUUCAUACAUUCAGCGUCUUUCAGUUUUUGUCGUUUUUAGUUGAGGCUGUAACCAAUUUUUUUUUAAAGUUCUUGCUCUCAAGACGGUCAAACAAGUUGAAAAUAUAAAACUGUUUACCAAAAUACCCACCAUUACCCCCCCUUAAAAUACCAAAAAAAAUUAUGACAUUGCAUUGCCGUGCUUGACAACCAUUUAAAUGGAAUGAUUUUUCAAAGAUGUGCAUGUUUUCCGGUUUUUUAAGUGAUGUACAAUAUUCAAUUUUGGUCUAAAGUCGUUGUUUUUCUUGUUGUUUGUGAAACAUAUGAUAUUGUCUUUCCUUCAAUGACUUUGCAUAAACUAGGGAUAUCAAUAGCUAAGAACUUGGAUAUCUUGCUUGAAAAUGAUAAAUCAAACACAAGCGCGGAGUUAUUUGGAUAGACGUAACUUAGUCAUUAAAAUCUUUUUCAGUUUUUCACACAUAUUUUAUACGAAAUAUGCGAGUCCUUGAAUAAUUCAUGUAAUUGUUAUAAAAACUCUGAUUAAGAUGUUAAUGUUAGAUUUUGUGAUCAAAUUCAGUUAUUUUUAGUAAAUUGCCAAGUUUUUUGCAUUCCUCACCACAAUUACUUAAUAGGACGUUAGUAUGAUAAACUAUUUUUUGCUAAAAAAGUAUCGAAGACAUAAUAAUGUUUGCAGUCUCAUUCAACUACUAUUUGUGGUCUCAUUUCUUUCAUCUAUGCUGUCUGUCACCCAACUCCAAAAUUGCCGUUUGUGAAUAUUUUAAUUCGUUUGAAAUAUUAAUAUUGUCAAUUUCAUGCCGUUCGACCAGCUGUACAUUUUUUAUUGCCGUGCUUACAAUAUACUCAAAUUGUGGUGUAA